ACGUACAAGAUGUCGGAUGCGUUACAAUUCUGCCACCAUAAGGAAGGAGCAAGUAGCCCCGUUCGUCAGCUGGCUGAUGUCUAUUGGAACUGGAGGUUGAAAAUCAGACCCGAAUUCGCAACGCUGACGGGGUGCCAUGUUUACGACGACCAAUUGGAUUGUCAUACGCUCGAAACGUAUGAUGAUAUGAAGAAACAAGGCGAAGAGUUCUUACGUCAGUUGAACUACCUCGAUGAAUCGGACAUGGACGCAGAAGACUGGACGAAUUACGUCAUAUUGAAACAAGAACUAAGCAUGUUCCUGUCGGGAAUUGAAUUUAAGGGUUAUCUGCUGUGCCUCAAUUCGCUAGAAGAUGGUCGUUUCUACUUUGCCCGAGUCAUCAAUCGAAUGACAUUUGAAAACGAAGGCGAUUAUACUAAGUUACUGUCAAGAUAUGAAAAGUUCCCUGAGCAGAUGAAAUGGUUUAUCCAACUUUUGAAACAAGGAAUCAAGGAAGGAAUGACACACCAUGUCAACUGUGUGAAAGGAAUGGUGGAAAACAAUGAGAAGUUCUCCCUAUCGGACCCAAAGGAUACCGCCUUUUACACACCAUUCCAGAAAUUAGCUGAGCUGACAAAUAUACCUAAGAACAGAAAAGAAGAAAUCAAAUCCCAGGGCAUUCACUUAGUCGUCAAUAAUAUCCAAGAGCCUUUCAAGACAUUAGUGGAUUUUCUAAAGAACGAAUACUUUCACCACCUUCGAACAAAUAUCGGAUCAUCAGCAUUACCAAAUGGCAAGGCAUUUUACGAGGAAUCGCUGAAGUUCCAUAUUACCUGUGACCUAUCAGCAGAAGUGGUCCAUAACAUAGGGUUCAGAGAGGUGAAACGAAUUAAAGAAAAUAUGCAUCGGGUAAUGAAGCAGGUUGGUUUCCAAGGCGACAUCAAAUCAUUUUUUGAGUGUUUAAGAAAUGACAAACGCUUUUACUUCAAAACGAAGAAUGAGUUGUUGGAAGGUUAUGGGAAGAUAGUAAAACAAGUCAAGCAAGUUCUACCGAAGUAUUUCAAAAGUAUUCCCAAUGUAGAGAUGAGACCCAAGUUUGAAAUGAUGUCACUAUGUUUACAUGAAGCAGAGCCUGGUCAUCAUUUACAAAGUUCAUACAGUGUUCUCAUGGACUAUCUUCCUGGAUUCAGACGUUUCAAAGACGAUCGUUUUUACGGAAUAGUGCCUUCAAGAUUUCCUAUGCACACUGGAUAUAUAGAGAAACAAUGCGAAGAGUUUUUACGUCAGUUGAAGUGCCUCGAUGAAUCGGACAUGGACGUAGAAGACUGGGCGAACUACAUUAUAUUGAAACACGAACUCAACAUGUUCCUGUCGGGAAUUGAAUUUAAGGGUUAUCUGCUGUGCUUCAAUUCGCUAGAAGAUGGUCGUUCCCAUUUUGCCCGAGUCAUCAGUCGGAUGACAUUUGAAAACGAAAGUGAUUAUAAUAAGUUACUGUCAAGAUAUGAAACGUUCCCUGAGCAGAAAGGAAUGGUGGAAAACAAUGAGAAGUUCUCCUUAUCGGACCCAAAGGAUACCGCCUUUUACAGACCAUUCAAGAAAUUAGCUGAGCUGACAAAUGUACUUAAAGACAGAAAAGAAGAAAUCAAUUCACAGGGCAUUCAUUUAAUCGUCAAUAAUAUCCAAGAGUCUUUCAAGACAUUAGUGGAUUUUCUGAAGAACGAAUACUUUCAUCACCUUCGAGCAAAUAUCGGAUCAUCAGCAUUACCAAAUGGCAAGGCAUUUUACGAGGAAUCGCUGAAGUUCCAUAUUACCUGUGACCUAUCAGCAGAGGAGGUCCAUAACAUAGGGUUCAGAGAGGUGAAACGAAUUAAAAAAAAUAUGCACCAGACCAUUAAUAAAACUACCCUAGCUGCUGCUCUCACUGGUAAAAUAUUUGGCUACAAAAAUUGCUACAAUGCUUGGGGAACAAUACAGGGUCAUCAGUAUGUAACAUCAUACGGCGCUGAAUCUUUUGAAAUGCAAGACUAA